CGUGGGUCAACAGCACCCUCUAUAAAUAUCACCACAACCCGGGCACUGGGUUCAGUUCCAGAAGAGUGGAGGUUGGAUGCAAACACAAAGGCUGUACAUUCCCUGUCUCUGGCUGGCCCAUGAUGGCUUUUUCAGCACAGGUCUCACAAGAUGACAGCUAUGAACGUGAGGUCUCCGUGGGGCUGGCGUCGCUGGUGUCUCUGGCCAAGUGCCUGGCCCACAAGGGGACAGACCCGGACAAGCAUGAGAAGAUAAAGGGACACUGCAGAGAGGCUUUGGGGACAAUGAAGGCUGCGGAGAAGGCGUUAGAAGCCCACAGGAGUGCCAUCAGUGACCGAAUCGGGGAAGGGCACAUCAGAACGAAAGAGCUGGCAGAUGAGCAGAAGCAAAAGGCAACGAAGCUCAUUCAGCUGGAGAUUCAAUUGGAGAACUGUGAGCAGACGUACUUUCGCAUCCAAGACAAGGUGACUGUGGCUGAGACCCACCUGCAGGAGCUGACGACACUGCUGAGGAAGGCGAGAAGGGAGGAGAAGUGUUUUAAAACCCUUUCCAACAUCACCCUGGUGCUCCUGCCUCUUUACAGUCUUCUAGUUUCGAUGAAAUUCUUCCAAGAAGCUCUCCAAGUGACCGAUACGCAGCCACUUUUCCUCUCUGCUAGCAUCGUGACCAUCGUCUGCCAGGUCUCUAUGUGGGUUGCACAGAAAGCCGGCCUGGAGCUGCAAAAAGCCAUCGACCAGUACCAAGUGCAUAUCUCCGACUAUAAAAAGGAGGGCUAUGCAUGUGACAAAGAGAAGGCAGAAAUUAAGGAGAAGAUUGAGGACUUCACAGCUGGACAGGAGAAAAUUAAAGAAGCCAGCAAUGAACUAGGAAAGCUUUUAAAAGUGCUGCAGGAAAAGAAGCAUGAACUAGAAAAACACAUGCCAUUUGUGAGAAUGCUGACAGAGAAGGUCGACACGCUAGAAUCAUACAUCGAUGAUCCCUCAGACUAUGAAUUUGCCACCAUAGUUUUGGAGGAGAUUAAUCAGUUAGUGCUGUUAGCAGUGGGAAAGGGAGGACCGGGGGGCUUGGGGUUCUCUGAUAAAGAAGCAAUAAAGAAAAUAGCUGAGGAACUAAACCGUGUCACUCAAAAGCUUAAGGAGGGCUUCUGCCCAAUCACAGUCUCCCAGCGCCGGUAA